AUGAGUGCCUUCUCCUCAGAUCUGAAGGCCAUUUCCAUCCCGAAAUUCUCGUCGCAGCCGUUGGGGUACCUUCUCUUGGUUGGCGUGCUAACAUACGCGCUACAAGCUUUGGCUCGGGCGUAUCUUGAUUAUCGAGCUGAUUCUGCACUCGGAAAAGCUCAUGGUUGCCAAUUGCCAGCGGAGCUUCCAAAGAAAUGGCCUCUUGGAAUAGAUCGUAUCAAGGAGCUUUGGGAUUCCAACGCUGACGGCCGCCUCCUUGCAUUUCUCUGCUCAAUUGCCAAAGAUUACGAACCAAUAAAUAACCUCUAUCAAUAUUUACUUAUUGGCCCCCGCGCUUAUCACGUGCUUCAUCCAGCGAAUAUAGAGACACUACUUUCAACAAACUUCAAAGACUAUAACUUCGGUUCCCGUCCAUCAGUUUUUGCGCCGCUGCUAGGGAAUGGUAUUUUCACCCAGGAGGGUUUGGCGUGGAAACAUUCUCGGGAGCUCUUGAGGAAACAAUUCGCGAAAAUCCAAUAUCAGAAUUUCGAGCACUUCAAACCACAUGUGGACAACCUGAUAGGCUGCCUUCCAGAACAUGGUGUGGUGGAUCUGCAACCGUUAUUCUUCAACCUGACGCUAGACACAACGACAGCACUUCUGUUUGGACGUUCUAUUUUCAGUUUGCGCGCCGGCAUCGACCAAGAUGCAGAGAACAAAGAAUUUGCGGAAUGCUUUAACAUUGCUCAAGAAGGUCUGGCCAAGCGAUUUCGAAUUGCACCUUUCCAUAGACUCUACAGCCCCCCGAGUUUUCGCAGAGCAUGCAAAAAGGUCCAUCGCUUUGUCGAGAACUACAUUAAAGAGAGAGAAGCACAGAGAGAAACUGAGGUCCAAGAAUCAUCAAGAUCAUGGUUUCUCGAUCAACUUGCGGCGGAGUCAAAGUCGCGUGAAGAUCUACGGGAUCAGCUCCUAAAUGUCCUCCUCGCGGGACGCGACACUACGGCUUGCGCUCUUUCAUGGACUUUUCGACUGCUAGUCAGACAUCCCGAAGCUCUUGAUAGACUUCGGCGCGAGAUCACGUCUAUAAUUGGGAGAUCGGAAGCGCCAUCAAGAUCCGAUGUGCGAAAGAUGCCAUUCCUUUCUUGUAUCAUUAAAGAAAGUUUACGUUUGUAUCCACCCGUUCCCCUGAACAAUCGCGAGGCGGCACGAACGACAAUACUACCCACGGGAGGGGGACCUGAUGGAACCAGCCCAAUACUUGUCCGUAAAGGCGAGAUGGUUGUUUUCUCACAAUAUGUCAACUGCCGGAUGCUUAGCCUAUACGGGAAGGAUGCAUAUAGCUUCAGACCAGAGCGAUGGGAAACCGGUGAAUUGACAAACAUCGGCUGGGCAUAUUUCCCUUUCAAUGGUGGUCCUAGGCAAUGCUUGGGUGAAGACUUUGCCCUUAUGCAGCUCUCGUAUACUAUAAUUCGAAUCCUACAAGCUAUCCCAGAAAUAAAGAUGCCAGAAGGCGAAAAAUGGGAAGCUGUUGGAACUGAACGGCAACGAUUGACUCUGGUGUUAUCUAGCGCAGACGGAUGUAGAGUUAAAAUAAGCCGUGGAUGA